AUGUCAACUCUUUCGGUAGCGGACCUAUUUGGUGUCAAGGGUCGAGUUGCCCUCGUGACUGGAGGAUGCAGCGGGAUUGGAUUGAUGAUUGCCAAGGGUCUCGUGUCGAAUGGUGCCAAGGUCUAUGUUACUGCUUUACCAACAGAUGACAUUCAAGGAGCAGUGGCAGAGUUGUCGCGACUCGGAAAAGCGAGUGGGGGUACGGCAAUAGGAUUUGCUGGUGACGUUUCUUCGAAAGAAGGCAUCGCUGCCAUUGCUGAUGAGAUUGAGAAGAACGAGACUCACCUGGACAUUCUUUGCUCGAAUGCUGGCAUUCGACGGGACCCUCCAGAAAUGUGCAAUGUGAAGACUGCAUCCUUGGACGAACUGCAAGCUUCAUUGUGGUCCUCGAGACAUUCCGACUGGGACGACACUUUCCGAGUCAAUGUGACGGCACAUUAUUUCUUGUCUGUGGCACUGCUGAAGUUGUUGGCAGCAGCGAGCAAUCUCGAUCUCGGGGAUGGUCGCAGAGGGAGAGAUGAAGGACGAGGUGUCAUGGUCAUAACCAGCAGCUGUGCGAGCAUGCACAACUGUACGAACAUUGAUCUGACCAGUUAUGCCGCGAGCAAAGCUGCUAUUGAUCAUUUGGUGGCAUUACUGGCUUCCAAAUACGCAAGUUGGUAUGUUAGGGUCAAUGCCAUCAAUCCCGGGUUCAUUCCCAGUAAGAUGAAUCCAGUGGAAGAGGGUGGUAACCAAUUUGCGGACCUCUUCAAAGCCAUGCCGGCAGGUCGCAUAGGCAAGAUGGAGGAUAUUGCUGGAGCAGUUUUAUAUUUGAGCAGUCAAGCUGGGGCAUACGUCGAUGGUCGAUGCCUUUGUGUUGACGGAGGCCGAGUGUUGUUGGCAAAUGGGCAGUAA